ACAGGUCGCUACCUUCUUUGCUCCAUCCACAGCAGAAGGAAAUGGCGCGAAAAUCCCACAUUUACUUGGGACUUUCUCCUGCAUUUCGCGUCGCUUCUCUUCUCUUGCUCCUCUUUGUCAGUCCAAUCUCUUGCGGCGCACACGAUUACCACGACGCUCUCCGCAAGAGCAUUCUCUUCUUCGAAGGCCAGCGGUCCGGCAAGCUUCCUCCAGAUCAACGGGUUAAAUGGCGCCGCGAUUCAGCCUUGCACGACGGAGCCUCCGUUGGGAGGGAUUUAACGGGAGGAUAUUACGACGCCGGAGACAACAUUAAGUUCGGGUUUCCAAUGGCAUUUACUACGACUCUACUUUCAUGGAGCAUUAUUGACUUCGGGAGGAACAUGGGGCCUGAGCUGAAGAACGCCAUUAAGGCUGUGAAAUGGGCUACUGAUUAUCUGUUAAAAGUAACGGCAGUACCCGGCGUUGUUUAUGUUCAGGUAGGUGACCCCUACUCUGAUCACAACUGCUGGGAAAGGCCGGAAGACAUGGAUACGCUCCGAACAGCGUAUAAGAUCGACGUGUCCCACCCAGGGUCCGACGUGGCUGGCGAAACAGCCGCUGCAUUGGCCGCUGCUUCCAUUGUGUUUCGAUCACGUGACCCCGCGUACUCGAGAUUACUUCUCGAUCGAGCCGUUAAGGUGUUCGAGUUCGCUGAUACACACCGGGGUGCGUACAGCGGUAGUCUACAUCGAGCGGUUUGCCCUUUUUACUGCGACGUUAACGGUUACCAGGAUGAAUUGCUUUGGGGAGCAGCAUGGCUACACAAGGCUUCACGCAGGCGCCAAUACAGAGAGUAUAUAGUGAAAAACGAGGUGGUUCUGCAUGCUGGAGAUACCAUUAAUGAGUUUGGUUGGGAUAACAAGCAUGCUGGCAUUAACAUUCUCAUUUCCAAGGAAGUGUUGAUGGGAAAAGCAAACUACUUCGAGUCUUUCAGGCAAAAUGCAGAUGGCUUCAUUUGUUCUUUACUGCCUGGAAUUUCUCAUCCUCAAGUUCAAUAUUCUCCGGGUGGGCUGAUCUUCAAGGCUGGAGGGAGUAACAUGCAACAUGUUACGUCAUUAUCUUUCCUGCUUUUGGCUUAUUCUAAUUAUCUAAGCCAUGCCAAUAAGGUCGUGCCAUGUGGAGAGAUCACUGCCUCUCCUGCCCUUCUCAAGCAAUUGGCUAAACGUCAGGUGGACUACAUUCUUGGAGAUAAUCCACUUAGAAUGUCGUACAUGGUAGGGUAUGGUGAACGUUACCCACAGCGGAUCCACCACAGAGCCAGCUCUUUACCAUCGGUUCAGGCCCACCCGGCCCGUAUAGGAUGCAAAGCAGGGUCUCGAUAUUUCUUAAGCCCAAAUCCCAACCCAAACGUGCUUGUUGGAGCGGUAGUGGGUGGGCCCAAUGUGUCGGAUGCAUUUCCAGAUUCAAGACCGUAUUUUCAAGAGUCUGAGCCCACAACUUACAUCAAUGCUCCUUUGGUGGGCCUACUUGCUUUCUUUUCAGCCCACUCCUAAUGUAGUUCUGUUUUCAAGAAUGUAAUAUCAAAAUAUAUAAUCGUAAUAUAUAAUGUAAAGAGGGAAUUUUAGUGGUGUGCAAAAUGGUCACCCUGCUACUACUACUAUUAGUGCUGCCUAUUUCCUGUUAUUGUCAAAAGAUUCGAAUUGUUGGUAAUGAAGAAAAGAAAGUUCCUUUUUUAUCCCAA